AUGAAGUGGAGCGUCCGCGGGGCCUGCGCCGCGCUCUCCUCCUGCCUGCUGCUCGCCUGCGCGCUCAGCGCCGCCGCCGUCGGCCUCAAGUGCUUCUCGCUGGGCUCGGAGCUGCGUGGGGAGCCGUUCCGGCUAGGGGCGGCCGCGGGCGCCUUCUACUCGGGGUUGCUGCUGGCCGCCGGCCUCUCGCUGCUCGGCGCCGCCCUGCUGUGCUGCGGGCCUCGGGAGGCGCCCCUCGCCGGGCCGGGAUCGGGACCGAGCCCGGGGCUCGGGGUGACGGCGGAUCCUGCGGGCGCUCCGGAACCCGCUCCGGGAGAGGCGGGGGCGGCGGCCGGGCCCCCGGGGCCGGUGAACAGUCAGAACCUGCUGCUCCUGGGCGUCUUGGUCUUCAUGCUCGGGGUCCUGAGCGCCUUCGCGGGCGCAGUGAUCGACGGCGACACCGUGUCCCUGGUGGAACGCAAGUACUCCCACUACUGCCUGCCCCCGCGCGCUCCGGCCGCCGCGCCCCCGGCCCCCGGCCCCGCAGCCCCGGGCCCCGGCGCGCCGCGCGCACGCAGCAGCAGCACCCUGGACAGCGCCACGUCCGCCAAGUGCCGCCAGCUGAAGGACUACCAGCGCGGCCUGGUGCUCUCCACCGUCUUCAACUCGCUCGAGUGCCUGCUGGGCCUGCUCAGCCUCCUGCUGGUCAAGAACUACAAGUCGUCGCAGGCCCGGCGCGGCCGGCGCGGCCGAAGGAGGGCGAGUCGGGCGCUGGCGAGGCCGCGGGGUCCCGGGCUCCGCGUGCAGCCUCUGGCAGCCUCCCGGACCCGGCGAGGCCGGAGGGGUCGGAGGGGGCGGCGGCUGCAACCGCGGCCGAGCGAGGCCUCCAUCCUGUCUCCGGAGGAGUCGGACUUCGCCGCCCCGGGGGACUGCGCGGGCUUGGCGGCGCACCACGCAGUGUCCUACAUCAACGUGGGCGUCUUCCACGCGUCUGACGAGGCGGGCGUGGAGGUGUGCUGCGGCGGGCACCCAUCGGUGGAGCUCCCGGGGUACGCGCCCUCGGACCCCGAUCUCAACGCCUCCUACCCCUACUGCUGCCGGCCGCCCUGCGAGGCCGCGCGCCCCUGGGAGCCGAGCCGGGCCUGCUGA